CGUCAAAGAAAUAUCCACGAGGCCCUCGGACGGGAGACUCCAUCCUGCUGAUGCCCGAAGAGCUGCCCAGGCGGAGAGCCAUGGAGGGCGACUGUCUGAGCUGCAUGAAAUACCUCAUGUUUGUCCUCAACUUCUUCAUCUUCCUGGGCGGGGCCUGCCUGCUGGGCUUGGGCAUCUGGGUCAUGGUGGACCCCACCGGCUUCCGGGAGAUCGUGGCCGCCAAGCCCCUGCUGUUCACGGGAGUCUACGUCCUCCUGGCCAUGGGGGGCCUGCUCUUUCUGCACGGCUUCCUGGGCUGCUGCGGGGCCGUCCGCGAGAACAAGUGUCUGCUGCUGCUCUUUUUCCUGCUCACCUUGCUCAUCUUCCUGGCGGAGCUGUCGGCAGCCAUCCUGGCCUUCAUCUUCAGGGAGAACCUCACCCGAGAGUUCUUCACCAAGGAGCUCACCAAGCGCUACCAGGGCGACAACGACACGGACGUCUUCUCCGCCACCUGGAACUCCGUCAUGAUCACGUUCGGCUGCUGUGGGGUCAACGGGCCUGAAGACUUUAAGCUGGCAUCGGUGUUCCGGCUCCUGACCCUGGACAGUGGCGAGGUGCCCGAGGCCUGCUGCCGGAGGGAGCCCCAGAGCCGCGAGGGCGUCCUGCUGAGCAGGGAGGAGUGUCUCCAGGGAAAGGGCCUGUUCCUGAACAAGCAGGGCUGCUACACAGUGAUCCUCAACACCUUCGAGAACUAUGUCUACCUGGCCGGAGCACUCGGCAUUGGAGUGGUGGCCAUCGAGCUUUUCGCCAUGAUCUUCGCCAUGUGCCUCUUCCGUGGCAUCCAAUAGAGGGUGUGGCCUGGACCCCGAAGACCCGCCCUGCCUGCCACUGCCCAGCACCCGAUGCCCUCCCCGGCCCUCCCUGGCCCCUCGGCCCAGGGGAGGAGGAGAGGCCAUCGCGGAUGCCCAGGAGAAGGGCCAGGGCAAUAGAGCUAUUUUUUUAACAAGACGAAAUGAAGACAAAAAUAGGG